AUGGCCACCUCGUCUCCUGAUACCUCUCAUACACUACAACAUCAAGUCAGCGGAGGGAGCAGCGCUGAUGUCGAUCCCUCAAUUCCUAUUCGCGGACCGGAGCACAUCUCAUAUGAAGUAGGCCCAUGGGCCCAAAAGACAAUCUUGACAUUUGAUGGUGGUGGUAUUCGUGGCUAUGCGAGUCUACUGGUGCUAAAACGUAUCAUGACUCGAAUACGGGAAUUAGAGUAUCAGCACCAAGACUACCGAGCCUCCGACAGCAGCUUCUACCGCUGGAGAGGGGCACUUGAGGACAAUCACCUUGAAGAUGACCCAGAGCCAGAACGAGUUGAUGAGUAUCUCCCAUGCCAUUACUUUGACUAUGUCGCGGGAACCUCAACAGGAGGUUUGAGCAGCAUCAUGCUGGGAAGAUUGCGUAUGUCUGUUGAUCAAGCAUUGGACACAUAUAAGUCAUUUGGAAAUGCCGUGUUCGGGAAACCUCGACGGUUCCACGAGCUCUCAUUCCCUUAUUGGCCGCGAGCGAAAUACUCAUGCCGUCAGACACGCGAAGCAUAUCAGAAGAUUAUUUACGAUACCCUCCAACGAGAAAGGGUAUGUGAUCCCAGUGAGGUAGAAACUGAGCAACUGAAAUAUAGAGAAGACCGAACUAGAACUAUCGCCAUCUCGUGGGCCAUCAAUAAGAAAACUGGCGUUAGUAAGGAAUGGGUGUGGAGAAGUUAUGACAAUGACUUCGGUCCAAAAACAAACGGCACCAAACGCUACAAUCCAUCCAACGCAGGACCAGCUCAUAGGACUACAAUCUGGGAGGUUGCUCGCGCAACAACAGCGGCACCGGGGUACUUUGAGGCCAUCAAGAUUAUGGGAAGAAAGUUCCUCGAUGGUGGCAUGGUAGCUAACAACCCCUCAUUGAUCGCUCUCAGAGAAAUUCAUAAACUCCACAGCAACUUGGUUCCCGCCCUUUUCGUCAGUAUUGGGACCGGUUUGAAGGAUCCUGCGGAUGCACCAAAUAUCAAUAACGGUGUGCCCAACGACGUCAAGGGACAAAGCAGAACUUUUAAGAAAGCUACACCAAGAGAUGACGGUAGACACAAACAGUUUUUCAAAAAGUAUAUCGAGAUAGGAAAGAAUUGGAAGAACUGGAUGAUGAACUGUGAGGGUAUGAACGGCACCGAGGGGUGGCUAGCCCAUUGCGAAGCGAUCGAAAUGACAGAGCAUUUAUACCGACUCAACGUGGGAGGCGACCUUCAUACAGUCUCUCUCGAUGACUGGCGUCCUUGGAAUACGGGAGAAGAGACCCUCAGCUUCAUAAAAGCGCAGACGGACAAGUAUCUAGCUGAGACUCCGGUGAUCAACGAUAUAAACUCAAUUGCUACGAAAGCAGUCGAGAUAAGACGCCAACGCGCUGCAACGGAGCACUGGGAGCGAUUUGCGGUAGAUGUGGUUUAUCGUUGCUCUCAUUGCGAGACGAAGAAGUAUGACACUCGGGCACAGCUCAGAGAACAUCUGCAAAAGGGAAUCGAGCAUACAGGGUACAGGAUGGCUGACGGAAAGCACCUUGAAGACACACUCAACGCAUCUAGGGUCUUUAGGACCAACAGGACAGAAGGAAGAAUGGCAUGA